CAGUUUAAAGAGAAGACUUUCGCCAUGGAGCGGAAUUACAAUACCAUUAGUGAAGAUUUUCUCACGUGUCCUAUAUGUAAAGAUGACUUUACUGACCCACGUGCCUUGCCAUGCCUUCAUGCUUUCUGUAAAACGUGCGUCUCAGAUCACAUUAAUCAGGUGACUAAAGGUCAAAGGGCACCUAAGGGUUUUGACUGUCCCGUAUGCAAGCGGUAUGUUGAUGCGCCCGACCCUCAUCAAGCCCCGGGGACAUGGGCGGAGAGAUUACCAUCCAGUCAUCUCAUCAAUAGUUUGAUGGACAAUGUUCGUCUGCGGAAUGACGUAAGUAAAUGCGACCCAUGCUUCCGCCGGAAGGAUAAGGUCAUUGCCUCGAAAUGGUGUAAAGAAUGCGCUGAAGCACUAUGCGAGCAGUGUGUCGCGUUUCAUAAAUCGUUAAAAUACUCGCAUAACCAUAACCUGUUGGAAUUUGAAGAGCUAAGACAACAGCCCAUUAAGAAUACUUUACCAAGACCACCAUGUCCACAACACGAAAAUACAACUCUUGGUUUCUUUUGUGAGGAUCAUCAGAAGGUCUGCUGCUCCUCGUGCGUUACGGUUGAUCACAGAAAAUGCUCUCACGUGACUACAAGCGUUGAUGCUGCUUCUAAAUAUAGAAAUGAAGUUGAUACACUCACGGAAAAGCUACGUCAUCAAAAUGGUUGGUCAGCAAGAAUAAUGGAGAAUCGACAGCAUAGUAUGAAGCUUCUGGAUGACGCAGAAGCUCAGUUGAAGAGUCAGAUCAUCAGUAUCAGGCAGCAGUUUGAUGAACUUCUGCGCACGCAGGAAAAACAAAUGCUUGAUGAUCUUAAAGCAAUUAAAACAAAGGAGAGACAUAAAUAUGAAAAAGAAGUGGCCAAAUGUGAGGAAAUGAUUUGCACGACGGGAAAUGCGUUAAACAUCGUGAAGAAUUCGAUGCAGCAUGGAACUGAUUCAGAUAUUCUCAUGUCCGUGAACAGUGUUAAGAAAGAAGCGAAAAAUUGCGAUCGCAGUCUGUCAGAAUUAUCCAAAACCUUAACAGACAUUUUGUUAAUAUUUACACCAGACCGCAUGUUAUCACAGGUACUUGGUUCCCUUAAGGAGAUGGGAAAGAUAUCGUUCAGCCACUCACAUGUGCACGUGCAGCCUCCAUACAACCUUAAUGUAAACUCGAGCAUUGACUCGGAACCGGAAACAGAACGUUUCACUCCAGACACGCCUAUUCACGAAAAGGAGAAAUCUCUGACACAGAGACGACAUCUUGAAGAACGGAAACUCAUCGACGACACUCCGCGUUCCUCGAGAAUGUCUCAACAGUCCAAAACAAGUUCAAGAAGAUCCCGGCACUCGCCAAUGUUGAACACCUCGCGCAGUAUGACUAACUCUAAACAAGAUUCCAGACAGAGCUCUAGACAAAACUCUGUGUCCAAAUUUCUGGACGAUUCUCCGCGUUCGAAGGCGUCGAGGAACUCGGACAUUUUCCAUGCUACAAUUGACGCGAUUGAAGGCGAAACUACUCCGCGCAGUAACAGUCGUAUACUUUCUCCUAUGACACCAAUGGGACGGGGCUCAGACCGACGUAUCAGUGGUAACCCAGCCGCACUCGAGUUCUUUUUCAAGGCCCCGCACUGGGUCAGGGAAAACGCGAAAAAAGUUACUGGGCAAAGGGGGCCACCUAUCUUUCGACAGACGGACUUUCUACCAACGUUCACUAUCAGUACUGGCGCGAAAUGUUGGGGUUUAGAUUUUAACGCCUCCUACAAGAGAUUCGCCGUCUGCUGUUAUACUCAGCCGCCAUGUAUCAAGAUAUUCUCUAGAAGUGAUGGUCGUGAAAUUAAAUCUUUGGCACGUGACAGAACCGGUGUUGAACUGUUCUUCUUUCCUGACUACGUUGCGAUGGACAGUGCAGGAAGACAUUUGUUUGUUACCGACAAAUACAAGAAAUCUGUGAUAGGGUUGACGAUGGAAGGCGAGAAGAGAUGGGAAUGUAGUUAUAGUGGUUUGAAGAACCCACGUGGUAUAUGUGUUGUAGGUAACCGUAUCUAUGUGGCAGGAUGCCGCUCCCACAGCGUUGUGUUGCUAAGCACAGAUGGUGAAAUCAUCGGGGACGUUAUUGUAGAAGGGAUUUCAUUCCCCAACAAGAUUUGUCUCAGUCCCCACAAUGAUCGUCUGUUAGUUACUCAGUUUCAAGGAACGCUUAUUGACAUAGAGAGAAACACAGUGAAAAUAUACAGACUUGAUUAAUCAAAUUAUUCCAUGUGUGAACGCUCAUCAAAAGAAACUUUAUAUUGUGUGAAAAAAUAUGUUACAGGAAAAUUAGAGAUGAAUAUACGGUAUAUUAAGUGAAAUUAAAUAUUUAUAUUUGAUUGUAGUAGUAAUCUGUUACAUACUCUUGUUGAUGUAUAAUUCUGAUUGAUUGAUUGAUUUGCAAGCGAUUGCAUAUCUGAUUUAAAUCAUUAUUUUUUAAUUAUUUGUUUGUUUAUUUGUGAUUUAUUGCUUUACUUUCUUUUAACUGGUUGUUUAUUAAAAGUUAUAUUGAUUAAUUGAUUUAUUAAUUUAUUUAUUUAAAUGAUCGACUGAUUAAAUUGAGAUUGGACUGUUGUUGGAAUAAAGUAUAUUUGUUUGUUCACUUGUGGAUGGAUGAUUGAUUGAUUGUUUUAUUAUUGAUUGAUUACAUAUGAUUGACAGUUGUACUCAUGACUGAAUAACCAUAGAAUUUACUUUUGCAGCUUAACAUUGAUUGAUUGAUAUAUUGAUUGACUGAUUGUUUGACUUGUGAUUGAUUGGACAAUUUACUGGUGAAUGAUUCUUUUAUUAACUAAUAAUUGUUAUCUUAAUGAUUGAUUAAUUUUUAUCUAUUGAUGGAUUCCUCUUUGAUUGAUAUACAAAGUUUAACUGGACUUCAUCAUAUAUAAAGUUGAUUGAUAUAGUAUUAAAUGAAUUCUAAUUGAAAUGAUCAGUGCAAGUAAUGAUUAAUUGCUUUGAUAAUAUAUUUUUUGAAUUAAUGUCUAACUUUUUUUCUGUUUUGCUAUAGAAAUGUUAAUACAUGAUGACUGUGAUAUUAAGUGGUAUACCCAUCGAUGAUGUAAUACUUUAGGGUGAACGCAUCAAUAAUGAUUGAGAUAAUUUAGGUAAACGCAUCAAUAAUAAUUGAGAUAAUUGGGGUAAACGCAUCAAUAACGAUUGAGAUAAUUGAGGUAAACGCAUCAAUAAUGAUUGAGAUAAUUCGGGUAAACGUAUAAAAAAUGAUUGAGAUUAUUGGGGUAAACGCAUCAAUAACGAUAAUGAUAUUUUGGGAUAAACGCAUCAAUAAUUAUUGAGAUAAUUUGGGGGGAACGCAUCAAUAUUGAUUGUGAUAAUUGGGGUAAACGCAUCAAUGGUAGUUUUUAUAUUUGGGGGUUAUGCACCAAUGAUGGUUGUGAUAUUUGAGGUAACGCAUCAAUAUUGAUUGAGAUAAUUUGGGGUAAACGCAUCAAUAAUGAUUGAGAUUAUUGGGGGUAAACACAUCAAUAAUCAUUGUGAUAUUUGAGGAGCAACACAUCGGUGAUUGCAAUAUUUGAGGUUUAACCAUCAAUGAUGAGUGUGAUAUUUGUGGGUAAACGCAUCAAUGAUGACUUUGAUGUUUUAAGUUAAAGGCAUUAAUAAUGACUGCGAUAUGGGGGGGGGGGGUACAUUAAUGAUAAUUUGGAUAAUUGGGGUUUAACACGUCAAAGAUUACGGAAAUAUUUGCUGUUAUUUGUUGUGAGUGUCAUAAUAUACGUUUUAUUUAAUUUAUUUUUUGUCUUCGUUUUCUUUUCUUUGCACGCAUUGCGACUGUUUUUUUAAAUAAAUAAAUCAAAAGGAUAGAUGCAUGCUAAAAUUAAAGUUAUAAUACUGCUGCAUGUUAUGGACAAUAGGACACGCGUUGACGGCGUUUUUUCUAUGUUAGAUUAAGUAGACAUUUUAUAAUUUUUUUGAAAAUGUUUCAAUCUACAUGUACAAAGUAAAAAACUGUUGUUAAUUUGUAAUUUUUGAUAUAUAUAUUUAAAACUUGUUUCACUUACUUUUGAAAAUUGUUUAGUUUUCUUCAAUGAUACAGUGAUGUAGAAAAUCUGACAGUUUGUACUCGUGUGUGUUAACAGCAUUAAAUAUUUGUGUGCA